GCCUCCACACGCUCGAUUUAUGCGCAGCAAGCAAGCAAAUCAGAGCAAACAGCCCCCCAGCAGGCCCGUGCACCAUCGUCUCGCGCGGAGGAUCAGCCUCUCCCGCAUCCGCACCUCGUCUGCUGCUGCUCCGUCAUGAGGCUGUUUGUGUACCUUAACUACCUCUGCUGCCGUCCGUGCUAGAUCCCUCGACUGAUAAAACAAACCGCCUACUGGACUACAUAGCAAGCCGUCCGUCCGUCAAGAUGUUGCAACCACCAACCGAGUCGCUCUCUCGGCCGCUAAGCAUUCGAACGACGGGAUCUUCGGCGACAACCAUGGACAGGACAGGGGAGACGUGGAGAAAGGCCGUGAACAGGGACAACUGCUGGGACGAUCUCAUCUUGACACUAGAUGGCGGUGGCAUACGAGGCUAUUCCAGCCUACUCAUCGUCCAGCGCCUCAUGCACGAGAUCGCCGAAUGCGAGCGACGACUUCAGAUAGAGGAAGGCCCAGUAGUAGGAAGCGAACGCCACACAUUCAACGAAGAUGAACUUCUCCCAUGCCACUACUUCGAUUACAUGUACGGCACUUCAACGGGCGGCCUCAUAUCGGUAAUGCUAGCCCGACUACGCAUGACGGUUCCACAAUGCCUCGAAAUCUAUCGACGAGUGGGCCAGGAGCUUUUUGGUCACAGGAGAAACGUGCUCCCGCUCGCGACCAAGUACCAUCAUAAACCGCUGGAGAAGGCCGUGCAAGAUAUCGUGAGCCAGUAUUGCAAGCGCCAUGAAGCCUGUGAUGGCAAAGACCUGCAUCCUUGGUACCCUGAUGAGGAAGAGGGCGCACCACCGAGAUCGGAUGUUUCCUUGGAAGAUUCUGCAACAUGGUCGAGCACAAAGAGUACUGUGAGGCCGACUGAGAGAAUAUGUCAAUCUAUCUGCCUCACAGCCACACACUCUGGCCAAAUUAACGAGGCCUACCUCCUACGCUCCUACAACCACAAAUACAAGACUGACACGCCAUCCUGGGUUAUGCCCUACAACGAAGGCGCAGACCAGCUGAAGAUAUGGGAAGUAACCAGGGCAACGUCAGCAGCGCCCUUUUACUUCGAAAUGUUAACAGCAGACCUGGGAAAACGCGGCCUCAUGAGUUUCAAAGACGGCGGAAUCCGCGAAAACAACCCAUCAUAUGCAGCAUACAGCGAGCACGCCUCCUUGAGAGGAGACGACAACACGCCCGCCUUACUCCUCUCAGUCGGCACCGGACGCCCCGACACAACUAACGACGGAUUCGCCGCCGUCUGGCCCGGCCCCCUCGGCAAACUCCCCCUCCUACAGAAAUGGAGCGAGAAAUUCGCCGUCUUCAAAAACGUACUGAUCAAGUAUACCGAAGGCGAAGUGCGCCACCGCAUGAUGACAACCAUAGCCAAAGGCGAGCACCGCUGGUACAAGCGACUCAACGUCGACAAAGGCCUGCAAGACCUGCAGCUCGACAACUGGGAAAAAGGACCCUGGCUCAACCCGCAAACCGGCGAGACGAAGGUCGUCAACGGCGGCAAAACUCUGUCCACCAUGGAGACGGCGACCGCGGCUUACCUCGCCCGCGACACUAGGCAAACUCUCGGUGGCGUCCAGGAAUACGCACCGCCGAAACUCGUCCUCCAACAGGUCGCUGAGCGUCUCGUUAGACAUAGGCGCAUGCGCGAAGCUACAAAAGAUGAUGAUCUGAGGAGGUGGCAGACGCAUAUGGGACAGUGGCUUACCGGCGAGUUGGGGCCAGAGGACGGUGUGCGACGUCCUGCUCACGCUGCGCGGUGAGGAACAGUACUUUCUCCUUCGAUCGACAACUACGAUACACACAGCACAGCACAGCACAUCCGCAUCCCGCAGUAGCCUCGUUUUCUUCAACGUCCUAUUUCAUGAAUCCCUUUUUUGCAUCCAUUGCGUCGGCGUACGUUAUGGCGGGGUCCAGCGCGAGAUACCAUUUUGCUUUUUUUGCACUUGUCACUCUUCAAUUUGUAUUCAUUUGGUGUUUCGGCUGGUAUAUCGAUCAGGUAUUGAACGAGUUACGUCUUGUAGGAAUACUUUUUUUAUUCACGAUUUACGUUCAUGCUUACGUUCGUAUUCACGUUGAUAUUGUUGUUGUCAGGUGGUGGUGGUAUCAUAUAUACAAUUUCUCCGCCUCGCAUCGAACUACAAUGCGACGCAACACAGCGUAAUAAACGCUAUGCUACAAAAAAAUACACAGCUCAUGCCAUUC